GCUGGACUCCACCCCUGUGGAGACACUCAGAUGCUCGAAGUCCCCUGACACUGCUCUUGUUAAGGACAGGAGCCGCCCUCCGUCUGUGAGAAAUGAGAAGCCAUUUUCAAAAGUCAGUUUGACUAAAAGGUUUAAAGCCCUUGUGUCUUCGAGUGGCUCCUCCACAGACCACCAUGUAAUUGACACAUGCAGUGAGGAUGUCAGUCUGCCCACCAGGAGUAUGUCAGUUGUGAGCGACACCAGUUUGAAGAGAGCCUCUCCUCUCCAUGGUAGUGGAUUGAGUGAAAGUUGUGAACCUCUUGUGGCUCUACAAGACGGAACAGUGGCAGUCAGCCAAGAAGGCUUUAGCAAAACUGCAAAGAAGACGCUCAGCUUGAUCCUAAAUGUGAUCAAGUGCAGAUUGGCCAACUCUGAGAGUUCAUCUGUUGGUAAGAAUGCAAGUGAGGAGUGUCUGAUAGCCACUAACAUGUUAGACUCUCUACUGGAGAGCCUUGACCUGUUGCCUGACAUGAGCGCUGCCGAUGAGAUCACAAGGACAGAAUGCCAUACCUCUAACGCAAUGGACAAGACAGGUUCACAGUCAGCGCUUGUGAGCCAACAAGAAAUGAACAUAUCUGACACCGGUAUCAUAGUGAAAACUAUAAUGGACACAUUGAAGGCAGAUGACCCAGAAUUGACUUCAGCAGAAGAAAAUCUGGAUAGGCUUCUGUCAAUUGAAGCCCUUCAAGAUGCGUCUGGCAACCUGAUCGCAAAGGUCCAUGGUCUCAUUCAGGAGAUAACCAUAAGCCGCCAGCUUCAAUCCAUGACUGGCCACAGAAGCCUCUCUCAACCAGCGCUGCCAAAGCCAGCACUGAGGAAGCUGUCAAAGGACGAUGCGUCAGAGCUCGUUUACAGCUUUGCCCACACUUCUGUUAGCAGACUCCUGGGGCAGUGUUUGGGUAGGCCUAUGCCACCCACUGCUGACAGGGUUUUGGAUCAGGUCAUCAAGUUGAUGACAAACAUGGUGAUGGACAGCCUGACUGAUCUGUCCAAGUCUGCAAUGGAGGGUGACACCAGCAAUGCCGCAAGUGACAUCACUCAUGGCGUUGUGGCUGACCUUAAUGCUACUGAGGAAUUCCCUGCCAGGGGCCUUAGCCCGGCUGAUGUAAAGGCUGACGGCAUGGCCCGCCUUCCCUCUGCCAGAGGGGAAAAGACUAAGAAGAACAGGAAGUGGCGCUUCCUACCCAAAAUUGGCAAGAUUCCAAAGAUCAGGAUGAAGCUGUUCAAGACAAAAGGGGAACCGAAGAGCCACCCUGAACAGGAUGCGCUGCCUACCAAACGUCUCAGAGAGACUCAUAUUUCACAGAAUGCUGAGUGUGAGGUUCCAGAGGUUCCAUCCACUUCCCCACCCAAGGAGGACCUGACAACCACACUGGCCCCUGCUCCCCAGGAGUGCCAGUCCCGUAAACGCCCUCUCUUAGUCAGGGUGUUACGAGCUAUCUCCAGAGCCGUCUCCAAACCAUUCAGAGGAGCUUUUGGGAAGAAGAAUUAGCCAAAUGCCUGAUUUUAUUACUAUUUUAAUCAGAGCCUUUAUUUAAUAAAACAUUACUGCAUUGA